AUGGGAAACGAAUAACCAAAGCCUUAAGCUCCUAAACCUACAAUUGAGGAUGCAAUUUUGGAUAUGAAAUUGGCAUCCAAGAGAUUUGCCAAUGAAUCAAGAAGGUGCGAGAAGGAGAAAGAUAAAUUAAUGAACCAAGCAAAAGCAGCUUUAUAGAAAAACAAUGAGGAAGGUAAGAAUUGGUUCAAUGAUGUUUAGGUGCAAGACUAUUCUUAACAUCAGCCAUGAAUAAAUAGAAGGAAGCAGAAAGCUUAUAGAAGAUGGCACAUAAAAUGGAUCAUAUGCAAGGCAUUAUAAAAACUAGCACAAACCAAACAAAAACAGUGGAAGCUCUUGCAAAAAUUAGUCCUCUCAUGAGUUAAUAAGUAAUAAGCGUAAUAACUUUAGAUUUAAAACAUGCCCUUGGAGUUGGUUUAUCAAAACAUGAAUUAAUUUGAGAAAGCAAUGGAUGAAAUGACCGUGUAAGGAAACAUAAUGACAGGAAUGAUGAACCAAAAUAACAACAUUGGAUAGGAUUUGGCAAUCGAUUAAAUGAUGGGAUAGUUAAAAUAAGAAUUACAUAGUGAGGUAAAAUACUAAUAUUAAUUUUAGGUGGCCAACGAUUUAAAUGCCAAUCCUAAUGUUCUCUUUAAGGAGUUGAACCAACAGAAUCCACAAUAAAAUGCUCAAGCGAUUAGUAAUAACUAAAUUAAAUGAUUUUAUGAAGAUAUCUAUAUUGAAUAUAU